AUGGCUACUCGACAUCAUCACGAGGACGCAGCGGAUUUCCUCCCUGCCGAUCCUAUCCCAGCUAUCAACACGAACUUCGAUAAAGACCUCGAGGCUGGUAAAGCCACUACCGAACACGUCGAGAACGCUUCGAUCGCUGAGAAGCAAGGCGCCGAAAGAGAUAUCCAUUACGAUGGUGGUGACGAUGCAGCCAAACCUCGAACUGGUCUCAGGAAGUUGCUCAGGCGAAACCCUUCGAUGGAAUUCAUGAGGGAAGUGGCAGAAGCCAAUGAGACUGAACUUGAUCCCUACGAAGUCAAAAGGGUCGAACGAAAAAUCUACUGGCUUAUCGUACCUGCCUUAUUCAUCGAUUAUAUUUUCUACUACGUUGAUAAGACUACUUUAUCUUAUGCUGCUCUGUUCGACUUCAAAACGGAUCUCCAUCUCAAAGGCGAUAAUUACAACAAUCUCUCAUCCAUCUUCUACAUCGGUUGGUUGGUUUGGGCUAUCCCAGGAAACUUAUUAUUGGCAAAAUUCCCUCUGGCGAAAUACCUUUCCAUCAACAUCUUCCUCUGGGGUGUAUUCUUGAUGGUUCAGGCGUCAUCUAAAGACUAUGGCGAUAUGGUGGCAUUCCGAUUCGUGUCAGGUAUGUUCGAAGCAGUCGCCGAUCCAUGUUUCGUCGCCAUCACCGGAAUGUGGUUCACUCGAAGACAACAACCUACAGUUAUUGGAUAUUGGUACGCCGGUAAUGGUGUUGGUAUCGCUUUAGGUGGAUUAAUAGGAUACGGUAUCGGUCAUAUUGGUGGUUCCUUGGCUUCGUGGCGAUACGAGUUCUUGAUCAUCGGAGCCGUCUGUUCACUUUGGGCUAUUGUCAUGGGUAUCUUAAUCCCCGAUGCUCCCCACACGGCUAAAUGGUUGAACCGAAGAGAAGCUGUUGUGACCAUGUCUAGAAAACGACACGAUCACCACACCGUUGAGAAAAGACAAUUGAAAUGGGACCAAGUCAUCGAGACCGUCAAAGAUAUCAAGAUUUACCUUUACUUCUUACUCGGUUUCUUCGCCAAUGUUCCCAAUGGUGCUACUUCAAACUUCGGUACUCUCGUUAUCAAAGGAUUCGGUUUCAGUACCCUCAACGUCACACUUCUACAAAUUCCUUACGGAACUUUCAUCGCCCUCAUGAUCCUCAUGGCUAUCUUUGUCAACCACAAGACUCACCAUCUCAACAUUCGAACUCUCUUGAUGGCCGGUGUAACAUGUUUGACCGUCAUCGGCUUUGCUCUCAUGGCAUUUACCAAGGGUAUUGCACCUCGAUUGAUAGGAUACUACCUCACUGGAUCGUCAAACGCAGUAUUCGUAUUGGCCCUAUCCCUCGUCAGUGGUAACGUCGGAGGAACAACCAAGAAAGUCCUAGCCUCAGCUGCUAUCUUCUUAGGUGUAGCUGUAGGAAAUAUCGUCGGACCAUACUCAUUCUUAACUUCGGAAGCUCCAGUCUACCGAACGGGUAUCAUCGUCUGCAUGGCCUCUCGAGCCGCUGAAAUCUUAGUGAUCCUAGGAUUGAGGUUCUGUUUCGUCAUCCCCAAUAGAAAUAGGGACAAGAAGUUCAACGAAGGCGACGAAGCUUACAACCCUGAUGUUCAAGUCUUUGUGGAUCUCACCGAUAAACAAAACUUGCACUUCAGAUACGUUGCUUAA